AUGACACCAGAACAGAGUCCAGCAACUUCCCUCAUCGACAGGACCAUCAAGAUGAGGAGAGAGACUGAAGCCAGGAAGGUGGUCUUGGCCUGGGGGCUCCUCAACGUGUCAGUUGCAGGCAUGAUAUACACUGAGAUGUCUGGAAAACUCAUCAGCUCCUAUUACAACAUCACAUACUGGCCACUCUGGUAUAUUGAACUCGCCCUUGCAUCUCUCUUCAGCCUGAAUGCCCUGUUUGAUUUCUGGAGGUACUUCAAGUACACGGUGGCACCAACGAGCUUGGUCAUGAGUCCUGGCCAGCAGACCCUGCUGGGCUUGCAGAAUGCAGCUGUACAAACCACCCCACCCCGGGAGCUGGCGGCCAAGAAGGUCCCGUCUGCGACGCCUUCUCCUCCCAUCCAGGGUCAGAGUGUGCUGAGUUACAGCCCUUCCCGUUCUCCCAGUGCCAGCCCAAAGUUCCCCACUGGUUGUCUCACAGGAUACAGCCCCCAGUUCCAGGCUCUGCCAGGCAGCAGCCCUUCCUACAGCAGCACUGCCACUUACUCACCCAGCAGCAGCUACAGUAAGGCUUCCAGCUUCAGCCCCUCUCCCAGUGGAUCCCCAUACACCACCACUGUUGGACCAGUGGAAAGUGGUGGCCUGAGGUCUCGUUACCGCUCCUCACCCAUCCUCUAUAAUUCUCCUGCUGGCAAAGAAGACUACAUGACAGACCUGAAGUCACUGGACACCUUCCUUAGAAAUGAAGAGGAGAAACAGCACAGAGUUCAACUGGGAAGUUCAGAUUCCAGCUCUCCUUCCAGCAGCCCAACGUUUUGGAACUACAGCCGUUCCAUGGCAGACUAUGCCCAAGUGCUGAGGAAGUUCCAGUACCAGCUGGCCUGCAGGUCCCAGGCUCCCUCAGCACACAAGGAUGAAGCUGAUCUGAGCUCCAAACAGGCUGCAGAAGAGGUUUGGGCACGGGUGACAAUGAACCGACAGCUCCUUGACCACAUGGAUUCCUGGACUGCUAAGUUCAGAAAUUGGAUUAAUGAGACUAUCCUGGUACCUCUUGUCCAAGAGAUCGAGUCUGUGAGCACUCAGUUGAGAAGAAUGGGGUGUCCAGAGCUGCAGAUUGGAGAAGCCAGCAUCAGCAGCCUGAAGCAGGCAGCACUUGUGAAAGCUCCACUCAUUCCCACCCUGAAUGCCCUGGUGCAGUACCUGGAUCUGUCACCAAACCAGGAGUAUUUGGUGGAAAGGAUCAAAGAGCUUUCCCAGGGAGGCUGCAUGAGCUCGUUCAGAUGGAACAGAGGAGGGGAUUUCAAAGGCCGAAAGUGGGACACUGACCUGCCCACUGACUCCUCUAUCAUCAUGCACGUGUUCUGCACUUACCUUGACUCCAGACUGCCUCCUCACCCCAAGUAUCCUGAUGGGAAAACCUUCACUUCCCAACACUUCAUCCAGACCCCAGACAAACCAGACACUUCCAAUGAAAACGUGUUCUGCAUCUACCAGAGCAGCAUCAACCCACCCCACUACGAGCUGAUCUACCAGCGCCACGUCUACAACCUGCCCAAGGGCAGAAACAACAUGUUCCACACCUUGCUGAUGUUCCUGUAUAUCAUAAAGACAAAAGAAUCCGGGAUGUUGGGGCGGGUGAACCUCGGAUUAUCCGGAGUCAACGUCCUGUGGAUUUUUGGGGAAUAA